AGGGAGAGAGGCAGAGAAAGACAGGGAGGGAGGGAGGGAGGGGGAGAGAGAGAGAGAGAGGAACUAAGCUCUGCUGAAAGCGGCUCCAGUAUUUUUGUACCUAGGCGUUGCAGCGCUGCCAUGACUCUAUCUGUCUGUUAGAAGCAGGAGACUCUCCGUCUGUCUCUCUGUCUCUGUCUCUCUCUCUCUCUGUCUGUCUCUCUCUCUCUCUCUCUGUCUCUUUUUCUGUCUCUCUCUGUCUGUCUCUCUUUCUCUGUCUGUGCCUGUCUCUCUGUCUGUGUCUGUCUCUCUUAUGUCUGUUGGCAUUUUAAUGCCUCCGGUACUCCUUGAUGCGUCCGGUGUGUUUCCAGAUUCACCUUUCCCAGAGGGGGGGUGAUCUGCAGACCUCGGUGAAGACGGUAUUCAGGACGUGACUGGACCGCAGAGGAGGAGCAGUUCCCAGGGACAGACGCUGGGAGACAACACAGGAAGUGAUGUCAUCAUGAUGCUGCCGGUCUCCAGGUUCAAAGGUCAUCCCGUUGGCAUGGUUACCACCACCACAUCCCCCUGGCUCUCCUUCAGCUAUGACUCCGCCCCCCACUGGCUCGGGUUGGCCACGCCCCCUUUGCUGUUCUACCAACAAGCGGUUUUCAUACCUGAACACACACACCUUAUACAGUGGGAACAUCCGGCUGUUGAAGUGGUUCCUCUCGUUUCUUCGUUCUAUCGCUCUUCGCAUCUUCAUCCUCCUCACCUUCUUCAUCCUGUCCCCAUGCUAGCUGAAGGCUUGCUCCAUCCAGAGGAAGUGUUGCCAAGGAGAGACAAGCCCCUCUUCCUGACCAAUCACGUCAUCCUAAGGCAAGAGAGACAAGCCCCCAGGACUCGCCCACUGCUGAGAUCACCUGACACAGGUCCAGUUAGAAGAGACGUCACGAAGACCACAGACCCUGAACCACAUGGCUCCUCGUCCUCGUCCCUGCCGAUCCUCGCUGCUCCUCUAACAGGCGGAGCUUCCUGGAAGUGGGCGGAGUUUCACAUUCAGCGGAACAACCUGGUGUCUCCGAUAGUUCUGACCAAUCACUGGCAAAGAGGGGCGUGGUGUCGGCCAAUCAUCUGCCUGGAUAGAGGUCUGUCGCCACCCACACAGGUGAUGAAGGAAGUUCAUCCCUUCUUCUCUUCAGGGUUUUCUUCCAGAUUCACUCUGCUGACAAAUUACAGACACAAGAGGCGGAAGAGUGGAUGUAACGUGUCUUACAGCAGAGGAGCAUUUCUGCUGAGAACAGAGAGACCAACGGACCACAAAAAGCAGUGUAUUUCUGUAGACGGAAGAGAAGAGGAGGAGGGAAGUGAAGAAAGAACGAAAGACAAACUUCCUGUUGCUUCCACACCUGUGCCGGGGUCGCCAUGGUGUGUUGUGUGGACCGGAGAUGACCGGGUCUUCUUCUUCAAUCCCACAAUGCAACUGUCUGUCUGGGAAAGACCGCAGGAGUUGAUUUGUCGAGACAUCAGCCGUAUCAUCAUGGACCCGCCCCACAAGAGAAAGAAGAAAGCGUCUGCCUACAUCCGCUCCAGCUGUCAAUUGCCUGGUCUCCAUGGUAACGAUGAAGAUGAAGAUGAUGAACACAUCUCCAAAAGGAACAAAACAGAGGAGUCUUUGUCUCUCGUCCGCCGUCCAGGAGAAGUGGAUCUUCUCCCCCUGGAGCAUCGAAUUGAUAAUUUUAGGGAAAUGAUGCUCGAGAGAGGGGUGUCGGCGUUCUCCACCUGGGAGAAGGAGCUCCAUAAGAUGGUGUUUGACCCUCGCUACUUGCUGCUGACCUCGGACCAGCGGAAACAGGUGUAUGAACAGUUUGUGAAAAGCCGGGUGAAGGACGAGUACAAGGAGAAGAGGAGGAAACUGCAGAAAGCUCGAGAAGAGUUCAAACGUCUGCUGGAGGAAGCAAGGAUCACCAGCAGGUCGACCUUUAAGGAGUUCUCUGCUCGAUACCGUGGUGACCAGCGAUUCCUAGCCCUUAACAGGAAGAAGGAACAGGAAGUUCUCUUUCACCAUCACGUCACUUCCUUAAAGAAACGGGACAAGGAGAACAGAGCCCGGCUAAGGAAGAUGAGAUGAGACCGGGACUCUACCAUGACCGUGAGGGACCUUCUGUCCCCAAACGGCGUUCAGACGCUCCUUGGUCUUAAAGAGAAACUGGACACAGACUACGGGACCAAGACCAGAGGAUCUGUCUGGUUCUGUUUGUGGUCAUAGAAAUAAACCCAUACCUGCAGCUUCAGACUGGGUUCUGGGUCUGGACUGAUGUGAUUUGGACUGAUGUGAUCUGGACUGAUGUGAUCUGGACUUAAGUGAUCUGGACUGAUCUGAGCCAAGUUGAACUGAUCAAACUUGAUUUUAAAAACUAAAGAGACUAAUCUGAAGAUAUCUGAAUUGUUGAUAACAACAUGUAUUAAUUAAACCAACUGUUACACAUUAAUUACAGACUGGUAAAGUAAAUUAAAGACAAUUAAACAUUAAUAACAACUUCUGAAGCCAUCCUAGUGUUCAUCAGCCAGUUAACGAGUUAAUGCAGCGAAGGAACCAAUCAGUGAAUGAUGCUAACAGUAGAAAUGAAUUGAUUGGUCCAGCCAGCCACCCGCACACACACACCCCUCCUCUGUACCAAGCUGAUCCUUCCUGUUGACUGUGUGUGUGUCUGUUUGAUAUCAGGAUGUUGUUGACGUGACGUAAGCCCCGUCCCCCUCACCUGUCUGCAUUACCGUAAACUGUGAUCAAACAGAUUUGGUGUCCAGAUGUUUUGAUUGGAGGUCUUUUUGUGUCCUUACUUUUCAUUGGAAGUGUCUGUGUGUUCUAAUGUUUUAUUGGCUGUUUUAUU